CCUCCCCUUCCCCCAGCCCCGGGCGGGGCGCGGGGCCGCCGUAGCCGCGGAACGUGGGCUCGCGCCCCGCCUUUGUCUCCCGGGCGCGAGCCGCCGCAGCCCCGCGCCCGCCGCUUGCUGCCAGAGCCGCUUUGUGCCGCGGCGCGGGGGACCGGGGCGUGGAGCCGGCGGGCGCAGCCUCAGCAUGGACGUGACCGUCUCGGAGCUCAUGGAGCUCUUCCUGCAGAGCCCGCUGGUGACCUGGGUGAAAACUUUUGGCUCAUUUGGAAGCGGCAACCAGGACAACCUGACAAUGUACAUGGAUUUAGCGGAUGGCAUCUUUUUGAACCAAAUCAUGUUGCAAAUUGACCCCAGACCAACAAAUCAGCGCAUCAACAAGCACGUUAACAACGAUGUGAACCUCCGCAUUCAGAACUUGACCAUCUUGGUGAGAAACAUUAAGACCUACUACCAGGAAGUUCUCCAGCAGCUGAUCGUAAUGAAUUUGCCCAAUGUUUUGAUGAUUGGCAAAGACCCGCUGUCUGGGAAGAGCAUGGAAGAAAUAAAGAAGGUGCUGCUGCUGGUGCUGGGCUGUGCCGUCCAGUGUGAGAGGAAAGAGGAAUUUAUUGAAAGAAUCAAACAGCUGGACAUUGAGACCCAAGCCGGGAUCGUGGCCCAUAUACAGGAGGUGACCCACAACCAGGAGAACGUGUUUGACCUGCAGUGGCUGGAACUCCCGGACGUGGCCCCGGAGGAGCUGGAGGCCCUCUCGAGGAACAUGGUGUUUCACCUCAGGAGGCUCAUAGAUGAGCGUGACGAGUGCACGGAGCUGAUCGUGGACCUGACGCAGGAGCGGGACUACCUGCAGGCGCAGCACCCGCCCAGCCCGCUCAGGUCCUCCAGCGCCGAGUCCACCCCCAGCCCCACCAGCAGCCUCUCCAGCGAGGACAAGCAGCACCUGGCCGUGGAGCUGGCGGACACCAAGGCCAGGCUGCGCCGUGUGAGACAGGAGCUGGAGGAGAAGACGGAGCAGCUUGUGGACACCAGGCAUGAGGUGGACCAGCUGGUGCUAGAGCUUCAGAAGGCCAAGCAGGAGAACAUCCAGCUGGCGGCUGACGCCCGGUCUGCCCGUGCCUAUCGCGACGAGCUGGACUCCCUGAGGGAGAAGGCAAACCGCGUGGAGAGGCUGGAGAUGGAGCUCGUGCGCUGCAGGGAGAAGCUGCACGACGUGGACUUCUACAAGGCGCGCAUGGAGGAGCUGAGAGAGGACAACAUCAUUUUAAUCGAGACCAAGGCCAUGCUGGAGGAGCAGCUGACUGCAGCCCGGGCCCGGGGCGAUAAAGUUCACGAGCUGGAGAAGGAGAACCUGCAGCUGAAAUCCAAGCUUCACGACCUGGAACUGGACCGGGACACAGACAAGAAACGAAUUGAGGAGCUGCUGGAAGAGAACAUGGUCCUCGAGAUAGCCCAGAAGCAGAGCAUGAAUGAGUCGGUGCACCUCGGCUGGGAGCUGGAGCAGCUGUCCAAGAACGCAGACCUGUCCGAUGCCUCCCGGAAGUCAUUUGUGUUUGAGCUGAACGAAUGUGCCUCCAGCCGCAUCCUGAAGCUAGAGAAGGAGAACCAGAGCCUCCAGAGCACCAUCCAGGGGCUGCGGGAUGCAUCCCUGGCGCUGGAGGAGAGCAGCCUGAAGUGCGGAGAGCUGGAGAAGGAGAACCACCAGCUCAGCAAGAAGAUUGAAAAGUUACAGACCCAGCUGGAGAGAGAGAAGCAGAGCAACCAGGAUUUGGAGACCCUGAGUGAGGAGCUGAUCAAAGAGAAGGAGCAGCUGCAGAGUGACAUGGAGACCCUGAAGGCCGACAGAGCCAGGCAGAUCAAGGAUCUCGAGCAAGAAAAGGAUCAUCUCAACCAAGCGGUGUGGACGCUGCGGGAGAGGUCGCAGGUGAGCAGCGAGGCCCGGGUGAAGGACAUCGAGAAGGAGAACAAAGCCCUCCACCAGACGGUGACGGAGACCAGCAGCAGACUCAGCAAGCUGGAAUUCGAGAAGCAGCAGCUGCACAAGGACUUCGAACAGGUGAAGGAGAAGGUGGAGCGGGUGGAGGAGCUGGAGAAGGAGCUGCACCGGCUGGAGAAGGACAACGAGAAGCUGGCCAAGAAGGUGGCCUCCCUGAAGACGGCCACCGAGAAGGCGGACGCCCUGGAGCGCGAGAGUCGGGGCCUGGCUCUGGAGAACCGGAAGCUCAGGAAGUCGCUGGACACCCUGCAGAACGUGUCCCUGCAGCUCGAGGGUCUGGAGCGGGACAACAAGCAGCUGGACGAGGAGAACCUGGAGCUGCGCAGGAUGGUGGAGACCAUGCGCUUCACCAGCGCCAAGAUGGCUCAGAUCGAGAGGGAGAACCAGGAGCUCGAGCGGGAGAAGGAGGAGCUGAGGAAGAACGUGGAGCUGCUGAAGGCCCUGAGCAAGAAGUCCGAGCGCCUGGAGCUCAGCUACCAGGGCGUGAGCGCCGAGAACCUGCGGCUGCAGCAGACCCUGGAGAGCAGCAGCCAGAAGUCCCAGGCCCUGGAGCGAGAGCUCGGCGAGCUGGAGGCCGAAAACCAGGUCCUGCGGCGCGACCUGGAGGCCCUUCGGCUCUCCCACAAGCAGCUGGAGAGGGCUGAGAAGGACAGGAAGGCCCUGGAGCAGGAGGUGGCCCAGCUGGAGAAAGACAAGAAGCUGCUGGAGAAGGAGGCAAAGCGGCUGUGGCAGCAGGUGGAGCUCAAGGAGGCGGUCUUAGACGACAGCACCGCGAAGCUGUCUGCCGCCGAGAGGGAGAGCCGCGCCCUGGACAAGGAGCUGGCCCGCUGCAGGGACGCGGCCAGCAAGCUGAAGGAACUGGAGAGGGACAACAGGGACCUCACCAAGCAAGUCACCAUGCAUACGAGGACACUGACCACCCUGAGAGAGGACCUGGUGCUGGAGAAGCUCAAGAGCCAGCAGCUGACCAGUGAGCUGGACAAACUGAGCCAGGGGCUGGAGAAGGUCGGCCUCCACAAGGAGCUACUGCUACAGGACGAGAGCAGCCAUGGCGACACAAAGUUCAAGAUUCUGGAGGACAGAAAUGACUCAUUAAAAACAACAUUAGCCCUGAAAGAAGAAAAGAUUGUGUUUUUAGAAGCUCAGAUGGAAGAGAAGGCCAGCCUGAACCACCAGUUGCAGAACGAGCUCCAGGUGGCUCAUCUCCAUUUGAUGGAGUGGACAGCUGAAGCUCGGGAAAGCGAGAAGACUUGCCAAGGUCGUGUGGUUGAAGUUGAGACCGAGGCAGAUGUCUGGAAGGAGGGGGAGCACAGGUUGAAGACCGAGUGUGAGGUCCUCAGGCAGAACCAGCAGGAAGGGAAGCACUUGGAGAACUCUUUCAAACACCCUGUGGACACUCUGGUCACCGGUCUCCAGGGGAAGGAGCCCUGGGGACCCAGCCACAAGGAAGCCACCAUGGAACUGCUCCGAGUGAAGGACCGGGCCAUCGAGCUGGAACGGAAUAACGCAGCUCUGCAGGCAGAGAAACAGCUGCUCAAGGAACAGCUGCAGCACUUAGAGACCCAGAACGUGGCCUUCAGCAGUCAGAUCCUGACACUGCAGAAACAGAGCGCCUUCCUGCAGGAGCACAACACCACGCUGCAGACCCAGACGGCCACGCUACAGGUGGAGAAUUCCACUCUGAGCUCCCAGAGUGCCGCGCUCACCGCGCAGUACACGCUGCUCCAGAACCAGCAGACGGCCAAGGAGAGCGAGAAUGAGAACCUGCAGAGGCAGCAGGAGCAGCUGACGGCGGCCUACGAGGCGCUGCUGCAGGACCACGAGCACCUGGCCGCGCUCCACGAGCGGCAGUCCACGGAGUACGAGGCCCUCAUCCGCCAGCACAGCUGCCUGAAGACGCUGCAUCGGAACCUGGAGCUGGAGCACAAGGAGCUCCGGGACAGGCACGAUGACAUGCUGAAGCGUCAGGCGGAGCUGGAGGAGCGGGAGAAGGUUCUGAACACCGAGAGGGAGGCACUGCAGCAAGAGCAGAGGACGGGCGCCAUGGCCGUGGGUGAGAACCAGCGGCUGCGGGGAGAGCUGGACAGGGUCAAUUUCCUGCACCACCAGCUGAAGGGGGAGUAUGAGGAGCUGCACGCCCACACCAAGGAGCUGAAAACCUCCCUGAACAACUCACAGCUGGAGCUGAACCGCUGGCAGGCACGGUUUGACGAGCUGAAGGAGCAGCACCAGAACAUGGACAUCUCGCUGACCAAGCUGGACAACCGCUGCGAGCUGCUCUCCCGUCUCAAGGGAAACUUGGAGGAAGAAAAUCAUCACCUCCUGAGCCAGAUCCAGCUGCUGAGCCAGCAGAACCAGAUGCUUCUAGAGCAGAACAUGGAGAGUAAGGAGCAGUACCACGAGGAGCAGAAGCAGUACAUAGACAAAUUAAAUGCCUUACGGAGACAUAAGGAAAAACUGGAGGAGAAAAUCAUGGAUCAGUACAAGUUCUAUGACCCUGCUCCCAAGAAGAAAAACCACUGGAUUGGAGCCAAAGCCUUAGUCAAACUCAUCAAACCAAAGAAAGAGGGUUCCAGAGAACGACUCAAGUCAACCGCAGACAGCCCUCCCUGGCAGCUGGAGUCCCCAGACCCGACGACGCCAUCUGCCUCUCAGCCCCUCCGGUUGCAGCCAGACAACCCCGAGACGGCCCCGUCUGGCUCCAACUUUGCGGAAGAGCAGGACCCCCUCAACGGGCCUGUGGGGAAAGGCCCUGGGGACCUAAAACCAAAGCAGGGGUCCCCGCACAGAGGCAGCCUUGACCGCACAGAUGCCUCCGCCGACCCGGCCAUGAAACCCUGGCCCUCGGAGCUGAGCUCCCGGACCUGUUCAACCUCAGCCAUCACUACAACCCCUUCCAGCUCCACCCCCAUCUCCCGGCACCCAGGCCGCACCAAAGGCUAUAAUUCAGAUGACAGCCUCUGUGACCCGUCCCUGGAGCUGGAGUUCAACCACAGGCAGUACGUGUCCCGACCAGGCAGCUUGGAGAGCAGUCGAAAUGCAUCCAGCGACAGCUCGCCCCUCAACCUGAAAGGUUCCUCUGACCAGCUCCACAGAAGGUCCGAGAGCUUCAGCAGUGAAGACCUGAUCCCCAGCCGGGACACGGCCACUCUGCCACGGGACGCCAGCACCACGGGACGCGCCGCCCUCAGCCGCCAUGAGUGCCCCCCGCCCCGGAACGGGCCUCUCCCCCAGGAGGGCAUCCAGAAGAGGGGCGCGGGCCAGCCUCACGCUGGGGGACGACCCAGCUCUGCCUCGCCGAGCAGUGAGAUGGUCACCCUGGAGGAGUUUCUGGAGGAGAGCAACCGGCGCUCCCCCACCCCUGACACUCCCAGCUGCCCGGAUGACCUGCUAAGCGACUUCUUCAGAAAGGCCAGUGGUCUCCCGGCCAUUGGAAGCCAGCCGGGGCCACCUGCCAGGAGAGAAGGGGCCAAGAUGCCCACCAGCUUCGUGGCCCCUACCAUCAAGAUGCCUGUCAACACCCCUGAAGGGAAGUUGCUGAAGCCUGGACAGUACGUGAAGCCAAACUCCAGACCUGCCGAGGCCGAGGCCCCGCCCAGUGCCCCCCCGAGGCAGGCCCAGCCCCCCCAGAGCCUGUCACUGGGCAGACCCCGGCAGGCCACGAUGCCCCCGACGUCCCACACACCGGCCGGCCGGAGUGCGUCCCUGAGCCGUGCCUUUAGCCUGGCCUCGGCCGACCUUCUCCGGGCCAGUGGGCCAGAGGCUUGCAAACAGGAGGCCCCUCAGAAGCUGGGGGGUCCUGACACCUCAGGGGGCAGAGAAACAGGCAGUCACGUCCUGCAGAGCCCCACACCCCCCACCUCCCACAGCCUGGCCCGGGAGCGGACCCCGCUUGCGGGAAAGACCUGCGGCAGCUCCGGUCAAGGCCCAACCCCCCGCAGCCGGCCCCCGGACGUGAGGCGCUUCUCACUGGCUCCCCCAAAGGAGGAGAGGCUGGUCCCCCUGCAGCAGUCUGCCACGGCCCCGGCUAUCGCCUCUGGAGGUGGCGGUGCCUGUGGCAGCAGCUCCCAGCCCCAGCACUUUCCAUCGGCUGCAGCCCCGGCUACCAGGACCAAACCCCAGACGCCCCCCCACUCGGGGGAGGCGGCCACCAUCGCCCCUGUCCGGGGGGCGCUCGGCGUCUCAGAGGGAGACGGGGUCCCGAGGCAAGGCCACGGCGAGGGCCUCCCUGCCAAGAGUCCGGGUAGGUCUCCCGACUUGGCUCUGCAUGCCAGCCGGGCCCCUGAGGACUUCAGCCGCGGAAGCAGCUUGAAGAGCACGCCGGCGUCCCCCGAGCCUGGCGGGGACCAGCAGACGGUGUGGUACGAGUAUGGCUGCGUGUGACUCGUCUGGACCGGCAGCCCCUGAACCCUGAAACUACUGACUCCCCUUCUGGCGGUGACGGGCUUUGCUUCUGCCCCUGUGGUGCCAGGAAAGGGCUUUAGAAUGAGGAUGGGGGUUCCUGUGCGUCUCUCCUGUUAAUGAAAACACUGUGCCAAGCCCUGCGAGGGUUACACUCCCAGGUGUGUGUCUUCUGUAGCUUCCAGCACCUGAGAGCUUUCGAACAGAUCCACACUUGACGGGGACACUCAGAAUGCAGUGACAGAACCAUUGAAGCAGACACUAUUUGAGCACGUCCCGGUAGAACACUCAUUUGCAACUCGUCAACCUCUCUUAAGGCACGGGUGUGUGUAUGUGCGUGUGUGCAGAUACACUUUCACGUGGCCAAGCCCCCGCCCUGCGGCUCUGGAAACUCCAUUCCCUCUCCCCAAAGCCGUUUGAUCCUAGGAGAAGUCCAGACUGGCCAAACUACAAAGAUCUUGAGGACCUUGGUUGGGGGGACCCCAGAAUUAGGCUUGCUGCUGAAAAUCAGGGGUGUUGCCAUGCCAUUUCUGGGGUCCCAAGCAAUCCCCUUCUGCCCCAGGGCUAAGGUGACCUUCUAGGCAGGUGGCAAGUGGCCUCGGGCUUUGCCCCCCCCCCCCCCCCCCCCCCGUCCCCCUGCAGCCAGCUCCUAGGCUCUGCAUGGUGGGCUCGGGGGCCACGGGGAGACCUGCCUUCCCUGACUCACUUCUCUACAAACACUGGAUCUGCUGGGGCUGGGGGGCUGGGGGCAGAGAGAGGGCCCUGCCCCAGCCCCGACCAGCAAGUGCACAUAGUGUACAGAGGGGAGGUGUAUGCAAGAGUGGGGUACAGCCUCUCCACUUCCCCAGUCUCAGAUGAGAUAUUGAUUUAUUAUUUCUGAAUAACUUCUUGUGGUAGAAACCAAAUUUCUUUUAAUAUAUUACAUAUGUAUGUACACGCCCCUGUGAGAUAUAUGUCCUUUGAGGGGGAAUCUAUUUAUGUUCCACUGGGAGUCCUUCUUUUUGAUCAGGAAUCUUAACCUGCUGCUUUUGUGUAUUUGGUCAGAUUCCUGACACGUUUUGUUUUCUGUUUAGUAAAGGUGCUCUUUCUGGGAUAUACUAAACUUGGUGAUUUUUUUUUUUUUAAGAUUUAUUUUUUUUCUUUUGAUUUAAUCCGAGGAAAAAAUGGGAUUGUUAACAAGGUCAGUUUUAGGAGCGCUUUCGGUUGUGUAUUGAAUAGCCAUUCAUUCUGGAACACACGGACAGGAUUGUAAUAAAAUGAGAUGGCAGAGAA